AUGGAUCCGAGAACCCAGACGAAUCCCGACGAUCCUGCAUCAUCAGCACAACCCGGAGCCCCAGCGCAGGACUCCGCCCUCCUCCCCGCCCCUGUGAGCGCAGAAUCUGCCUCCGCCGCCUCACCAAAAGCUGCAGACAGGCCGAAAAGGCCCCUGAGGACCCCCCAGGUAGAGGAAUCGUUCGACUUAUCAAAGCCUGAUGACCCGGAGCCUCCCGCUCCCAGCACCCUCGGCAAACCCAGAUCAUACGGACCGCCCGCAGUGGCCGGGCCGAGGAGCCACAUGGCGGUCAGGACAGCUUCGCUUCCUCAGGCGCCGUCCUACAAUUCACCGCCUGCAGAUCCCAGCGCUUACCCACAGAGGGCGCUGUCUGUAGCCGGAACCGCCGACACUGAGCCGCAGGGUGCCGAGGAUUUCAGGGUGCACAUCAUCACGUGGAACGUUGGCUCAGCCGUGCCCCCGGACGACAUCACUUCCCUUCUGGGGCUGAACAUAGGCGACGGAAAUACAGACAUGUAUGUUAUAGGGUUACAGGAGGUGAACUCCAUGAUCAAUAAACGGCUGAAGGACGUCCUUUUUACUGACCAGUGGAGCGAGGUCUGCAUGGACACGCUCAGCCGCUUUGGAUACGUCCUGGUGACGUCUCAGAGAAUGCAGGGCGUGUUGCUCCUGGUAUUUGCGAAGUACUACCACCUGCCUUUUAUCAGAGGGGUACAGACCGAAAACACACGUACCGGGUUAGGUGGAAUCUGGGGAAAUAAAGGGGGCGUGAGUGCCCGUAUGACCGUGUUCGGCCACGCCGUGUGUUUCCUGAACUGCCACCUGCCGGCGCACAUGGAGAACACGGAGAAGCGCAUGGAGGAUUUCGAGAGCAUUCUGCAGCAGCAACAGUUUGAAGGUCAGGCCGCCAUGGGAGUCCUGGAUCAUGACGUCGUUUUCUGGUUCGGGGACUUGAACUUCCGCAUUGAAGACUUGGAGAUGCAGGUGGUGAAGGCAGCCAUCGAUAAUAACAAACUGUCCGUGCUGUGGGAAAAAGACCAGCUGAACAUGGCUAAAGACAGCGAGACUGUUCUGGAAGGCUUCCAGGAAGGACCUCUCAAGUUCCCGCCUACCUACAAGUUUGACGUGGGGACGAACACCUACGACACCAGCGGUAAAAAGCGCAAGCCGGCGUGGACCGACCGCGUCCUCUGGCGCCUGAGGCCGAUGGCACCGGCGGGCCACGCGUCCAAGCGGAGCUCGCUGUCCGGCCUGACCAGCGGCACGAGGGUCACUCAGCACUUCUACCGCAGUCACAUGGAGUACAGCGUCAGCGACCACAAGCCCGUCUCCUCCAUCUUUACCCUGCAGUUCCCAUACAGAGUGGACGUUCCUCUGGUGACGCUCAUCGUAGAAGACGAAUGGACAGAGUUGGCCGACGCGGUCGUGAAAUUCAAACACGCGCCCAACUAUCCCAGAAGUUCCUGGGACUGGAUCGGACUUUACAGGGUGGGAUUUAAACAUCAUAAAGAUUACGUGGGCUACACCUGGGCUAAACAGGAAGAGUCGGACUACCUGAGACAGGAGCACCAUGUUGUUUUUGUGGAGGAGGAGUUACCGAAGGAGUCCGGAGAUUUUAUCCUGGGUUAUUACAGCAACAACAUGAACUCUGUUGUGGGGGUAACGGAGCCGUUCCAGAUCCAGCUCCCGUCGUCCAGCGCGGCGGGUCUGAGUCAGUCCGACAGUUCCGACUUCACGUCCGAGGACGAGGUCAAACCGGGCAUCAGCAGCGCCAGCAGCAGCCGGAGCGCCACGCCCACGGAGAGCCGGGACGCGAAGUCCAGCAAACGUCGCUCCAGAGACGCCCCGUCACACUCGGGCUUCAGCUCCAAAGCCGGGAGCCCGAUCAAGAAGGCCGACGCCUCGGACGAUCGGGACGGAGCUUCGGACUCGGGGAGGACGGGCGGAGAGUCGUAG